GUUCGCAGGACGUGCAGCGGCUCUACACCACUUCUCGACGGCUACGGGAUCCAUAUGCUUUGCUAGGGCAAGGCUUAACAAAGCAAUGGGGACUUCACCAACCGUGCUGCUAAGAGUCUAAAACACACCAGCAACUAAACGCGUUUUAACGGAACUACGAAAAACGUUCGCAUUCCCCGGUAGUGGAAAGCUUGUCAACUCUGGAGAAAGGAGCGAUGGACCCGAGAGACACAGCCCCGGAUUCGUGGGAGCUGGAGGAGGAUGCCGAGGCCCCGGCUGCCGCGGCGGGGCUCCCGAGCGCCUUCGCCGCGCUCAACGUCAACGCCAAGCCGUUUGUUCCCAACGUUAACGCUCCGGUGUUUGUACCGAGCUUCCUUCAAACCAGCGCCGUGGAAAUGCCGGCUUCAGACGGUGCCCCUGAUCCAGUUGCCAGCAUGGAGGUGGCUGAAACAGCUGCUCCAGUGGAGAACGGGGGCACGGAGGCAGACAUGACCACAGAGGAGGAGACGUGGGAGCAGAAGGAGGAGCCGGGGGGAGGCGGAGGAGGCGGAGGACAGGAGGACCUGGGGGCAGGAGGAGCGUGUGAGGAGGGCGCUGCGAGGAAGGAGGAUGAGGAGAUGAUGGAGGAGGAAGAGGAGGAGAUGCCCAUACCCAAAGUGGCUCCGGCGCCGCCAGAUGCCCCCAAGAAAGAGCAUGUCAACGUGGUCUUCAUCGGUCAUGUGGAUGCUGGUAAAUCAACUAUUGGAGGACAGAUCAUGUACUUAACUGGAAUGGUGGACAAGCGAACCCUGGAAAAAUAUGAACGAGAAGCGAAAGAAAAGAACAGGGAGACAUGGUACCUGUCGUGGGCUCUGGAUACAAACCAGGAGGAGAGAGACAAGGGGAAGACAGUGGAGGUUGGGAGAGCUUACUUUGAGACUGAGAAAAAACAUUUCACCAUCCUUGAUGCCCCUGGACACAAGAGCUUUGUCCCCAACAUGAUUGGUGGAGCGUCACAAGCUGACCUGGCAGUCCUGGUGAUUUCUGCGAGAAAGGGGGAGUUUGAGACCGGCUUCGAGAAGGGUGGACAGACACGGGAACAUGCCAUGCUGGCUAAAACAGCAGGAGUCAAGCAUCUCAUUGUCCUGGUUAACAAGAUGGAUGACCCCACUGUCAACUGGAGCCUGGAAAGGUAUGAGGAGUGUAAGGAGAAGCUGGUGCCAUUUCUGAAGAAGGUGGGUUUCAACCCCAAGAAGGACAUCCACUUUAUGCCUUGCUCUGGACUCACUGGUGCCAACCUCAAGGACCCUGUACCUGAGUGCCCCUGGUACACGGGUUUGCCAUUUAUUUCCCACCUGGACAGUUUGCCAAACUUCACCAGAUCCAGCGAUGGACCAGUCAGACUACCAAUCGUUGACAAGUACAAGGAUAUGGGCACAGUUAUCCUCGGGAAGCUGGAGUCUGGAUCCAUCAGUAAAGCCCAGCAGCUGGUCAUGAUGCCGAACAGGCACACAGUGGAGGUACUGAGCCUGCUGAGCGAUGACGUGGAGACAGACGAUGCAGGUCCAGGAGAGAAUCUGAAGUUGAGGCUGAAGGGCAUCGAGGAGGAAGAAAUCCUGCCUGGUUUUAUCCUCUGUAGCCCCGACAACCUCUGCCACUCUGGUCGCACCUUUGACGCACAGAUUGUCAUCAUUGAGCACAAAUCAAUCAUUUGUCCUGGUUACAAUGCAGUCCUUCACAUCCACACCUGUAUUGAAGAGGUGCAAAUCACAGCCUUAAUCUGUCUGGUGGACAAGAAAACUGGGGAGAAAAGCAAAACAAGACCACGCUUUGUUAAACAGGACCAGGUGUGUAUCGCCAGGCUCCGGGCAGCAGGGAUCAUCUGCUUAGAGACCUUCAAAGACUUCCCUCAGAUGGGACGAUUCACACUGCGAGAUGAAGGCAAAACUAUCGCCAUUGGCAAAGUGCUGAAGCUGGUGCCAGAAAAGGACUAAAUGCAACAGUGGCAGCAUGCAUGGAGUUCUUCCACUCGUUACCAGAGGAGAAACGCUGCUAGAGCCGACCCAAACAGCUACUCUCUCUUUCCACACAACUAUGCUGAAGAGAAGAACAACGACAAACAAGGAGCGAAGGAGGAGAAUUAAAUUUCGUCAAAUGAAGAAAACAAGACUGAAUCAGUUUUUAUGAUGAACAAUAAUGAAACGAGAGACCAAGUCCAGUGUGUCAGCUUUCUCAUAUUGAGAGCUCAGCUAUGCCACUAAUGUAGCUACAUGUCCCCCUUUCUGUACUCCCACGGCUAACCGCGCUGUCGGCUGGCCACACCAUUUGUUUUUAGAAUGGAGAUGGAUGCAGUGUUACUGAGUUUGGGGAAGAAAAACAAAAACUACAGAAUGAUGUCAUGUCAUGGAAAAAGAGCAGAGUUAGCCUGUAAUUAUAAUUUGCAAAGUACAUCUCCCUUUUUAACAGUGGGAUUAAGAAUCCAAUGGACAUUUUAUUUGGUUUUAAGGAUUGCUGUACCAAAAUUUUUUAGUUUGGUCUCUCUCCACAUGAGAUGGUUUGAUUGGAUUGAGCUCACAUACUACUCUGAUGAACCAAGGAUAAACACACUCACACAGACAGACACACACAGCUGUUACAUAAUCUAAACUGAAAAUAAAUGAUCAAGCUGCAA